CGGAGAAAGAAAGUGUCCCGUCAAUGUUGUCUCUGAUGGGGUUUUUCAAUACGAGGUCAAGCGUUGUUCCUGUCAAGUUAGGCCUUUCCUUUGGUAGGGUAGCAAUUUCAAAGAAACAGCGGGAAAAGCGGACGGCCCCUUGAAGUAAAACAUAUCGGAAAAUGGCAUCUGUUGUGAACCUUCGUGUCUCAAGCAAUGUUUCUACAUUUGGAGCAGAAAGAAGAUUUAAGGCUGAUUCAACAAUUCAUAGUUUGAAGGGAAACUUAGAGCUAAUAACCGGAGCCACCUCCCAGUUUAUGACCCUUGAGGUAUAUGACAAGGAUGACAAUUUAUUUGUUAGAAUAGAUGAUGAUGAUAAAACAUUGGAGUCAUAUAAUGUUGGGGAUGGAAUGAGGAUACAUGUGAUAGACAAGAACCCAAACAGAAGAGCUGGUGAAUUUGAGGACUUGUCAAAAGUAGAAAAAUUUGAGCUAGCUAAUGAAGAAUAUGAUAAGAAAACAGAUUCAGUGAGGCAUUUUCUCAAGCAGCAGAAACUUGGGAAGUACUCCGCUGAUGCCAAGGAUGCAGAAGAGAGAGCAAAGCUUAAAGAAUUGGAAGAGGAAGCCAAAAGCAAAUCAAUGAAAAUCGGCGAGCGAUGUGAAGUCACGGUGUUGAAGCAGCCAGUAAAGCGAGGAACUGUUAUGUUUAUUGGUUUGGCCGACUUCAAGCCAGGAGUCUGGGUAGGGGUCAAGUAUGACGAGCCGGUUGGAAAAAACGAUGGCAGUGUACAGGGGAAAAGAUACUUUGACUGUCCACCAAAAUAUGGUGGCUUCAUUCGCCCUAGUCAAGUAACAAUCGGCGAUUUUCCAGAGGAGACAUUUGAGGACGAUGAAAUUUAGAUAAAACCAAAGAACACCAACAAAAAUUGUUUCCGUUCACAGUUGAAGGAAAACUUUCGAUACGUGUCAGAGGGUGGCUGUUUCGAUGGCAUUCAGCAAAGGGCUUGGCUAUAUCAGGUUUACAGUUCAAGACCAAGUUGUGUAUGCUUACAAGAAACUACACAUUUGCCACUGGUCUCGAUCUGUUACUCUCAGUUUGAUAUGCUUGGUAUGAACAAAAAACUCUGAAAACCAUGGAUUCGUUUCAAAAUUAAAAUCUUUACAAAAAAGUAUGGACAUCUUCAUGGCAGUUUAUGUAAUUUUACGUCAGUGAAUUUUAGUCGCAAAGCUCUAUUGUUUGUAUUUUUAAAACAACUGUCACAAUUGUGUUUUUGCACCA